AUGAGUACGACAUAUUACGAUCCGGACGGUUUGCAGAACGUCAAACGCAGACGUUCCACCAACUUCCGCGACACGUAUUUGCGUAAUCGCGAGUACGGGUUCCGACCCAAGUAUGGCGACCAAAGUCGUCUACACUGCGAAAUGUAUACGUCCAUAUAUCCCAUCGCCAAGUGGGAAUACGACGUUUCAAACAAUGACAUCACCAAUCCGGCUGGUAUAUUUAAUCUGGAAUUCUCCCCAGAUGGGAAAAUAUUGGCCGCAGCAUGUGAAAAGAAAAGCAUUAUGUUAUUCGAUCCUGUAACUCAAAAGUAUAUAACAUCAAUAAAAAAAGCACAUAAUGAUUGUGUUAAUUGUAUAAAAUUUUUAGAUUCUAGAAUGUUUGCUACAUGUAGUGAUGACACUACAAUUGCAUUAUGGGAUGUUCGAAACCUUAAAGACAAUAUAAGGGUAUUGAGAGGACAUUGCAAUUGGGUAAAAAGUAUUGAAUAUUCAGCAAAAGACAAUUUACUUGUUUCCAGUGGAUUUGAUGGGCAAAUUUACACAUGGGAUAUUAACAGUUACUCAGAAGAAGGAAGAGUUCCCAAUAAUUCUGUAUGUCACAUUAACGGACUUAUGCGCAUUAAACUUCUACCUGACUCUAGCAAGUUAAUUGUUUGCACAACAAGUGGCUUCAUAUUACUUAUAAACAAUUUAGACUUGGAGACACUUGGUACAGAUAUUCAAGGAUUCAAACCAAAUAUGUACCGUUUGAUGCAGUUGAGUAAGACUACCAUUCCUAAUGCAGCUGCCCACACUCACAUGUUUACUCGUAAACGGAACCGCGUUGAAUUCAUUGUAGAUUUUCCUAGAAAUGAUGAUGCCGAAAUAAUAUCUUCUAUCCAGGUACAUCCACAAGGUUGGAAUGUAUUAAGUCGAAAUGUUACCACUGAUGAACAGUCAGAAUGGACGUGUGUACAUGAUAUACAAGACUUUGCCAUUCCUAAACAACAAGAUGAACCUGAAGAACUGAGUUCUGAAGAAGCAAACUCAUUGGAACAUUCCUUAGCUGAUGACCCAAUGGAAGGAAGACUUCACCGACGUACACAUGUUGUGAUCCCUCGAGACAUAAGUGUUGGCAUAAGUAGUAUGAUACCAUUUUCUGUGUUAGGCCCAACGAGAGGAAACCGUCAAGCUGACUUAUGGGAAGCAAUGAUGAAUGUCAAUAGUGGUAAUCGCAUAAGAAGCUUAAGAUAUUUAUCAGAAGGACGAGAGCGAAUAAUGGGCACAUAUGCUGGCGUACGGAUCGUACGCAGUGCAACUGGAUUACAAGAUCAAGACCAAGACGACAUAGAGGAAAUGAUAACAGAUGAUGAUGAUGGGUCUUCAGAGCGAUUAGUCACAGUAUUAUUUAACAACCGGAAUAGUAAUCGUGUACCUGACAUUAGAAUGCGUGGUUAUCUCCCCCCAAAUUCUAGAAUUGAUAUCACUCGGCCAAGUAGGCGUAGUACUGUGGAAGUAGGAAAUGGCCCAGACGCAGUGGUGUUUAUUGGCAAUAGGCAACGUCGUAACAACUAUGUUCUAAAUUGUAUGAAUAGAUUUCAGGUGCCCCUUAACCAUAAAAUUCACAAAAAUUUUAACCGUCUUACACAUUUUAUUGAAGAGGCAAAUGUGGGUAGAGGGUAUAUCAAAGAACUCUGUUAUUCUAGUGAUGGACGUAUAAUAUGCUCGCCCUUCAGUCAUGGAGUAAGGCUGUUAUCGUUUUCGCCCAACUGUGAUGAAUUGUCUACUUUGCAGCCAAAACUGCCAGGUGUAAAACUUCAUGAGAUUGGUACAAAUGUGUCUCACUCUAAUAUUGUACUCUGUACCAAAUUCUCGCCUGUUCACCCUCUUCUCGUAUCUGGUUGUUUAGCUGGUCGAAUCGUUUGGUACCAACCGAGACUAUAA